GAUUAUUACGUGGCGCGGCUCAAGCUGAGAGUGUGCCUGACAGGUAAGCCUGAGGACAUAAUUUACGUCAUUCAUCGACAUAGCGGCAUCGAAUGAGGAUAUGUAUUUGGUUUCACUCGAGCUAAAACUCCCUUAUGUAAACUGUAAAAUAUGUUUAAAUUAUUAAGCGACGUGUGAAAUUUUAGCUAUCGCAAGUUAACCGUAGCUCUCAUAAGGGACUGCAGAAGGGUACAGGCAAGUGCCGGCGUCACGUGUACUCCUCGCGAACACCUGGGUCUAAGAUGACCUCAACGGGUGAAACUAAGCCAGGAGACACCAGCAGACCCUCAGGCAAUGGCAGGACUCUCGCACUGACGGUGUGCUCUGCAGGCAUUGGAGGCACCUUCCAGUAUGGCUAUAACAUCUCAAUCAUCAACGCCCCCACCAGCUACAUCCAGAGCUUCAUCAAUGACACCUAUGUUGAGCGAUGGGGCACAGGCUUGGACAUCCCUCAGGUGACAAUCUUGUGGACUCUGAUUGUGUCAGCCUUCUCUCUGGGAGGUCUGAUUGGGGCACUGCUGGCAGGUCCCAUGUCCGUCCACUGUGGCAGGAAGAAUUCGCUGCUUGUGAACAAUGUCUUCUUGUUCGUUGGAGCUAUUCUUGUGCUCACGUGCAAGGCGGCAAAGUCUUUUGAGAUGAUCAUCCUCGCCAGGAUCCUGGUGGGGAUAAACUCAGGUGUGAGCAUGAACAUCCAGCCUAUGUAUUUUGGGGAGAGUGCGCCCACACACCUGAGAGGUGCUGUGGCUUUCUCCUCUGCUGUUUUCACUGCUUUUGGGAUUUUCCUGGGUCAGGUGGUCGGACUCACUGAGCUGCUGGGCUCGAAGCCUCUCUGGACUUACCUACUAGCUAGUAACACUUUGCCCGGACUGAUCCAGCUGCUCACUCUUCCCUGGUUUCCAGAAAGCCCUAGGUAUCUCCUGAUUGACCGGGGAGACCGAGAAGCGUGCCUCCACGCAUUGGGCAGACUCCGUGGUGGAGAAGCUCCUGUUUUGGAAAUGGAGGAGCUAUGUCGAGAGCAGCAGCAAUUGGUAAAUAACAGAUCUGGGGCUGCUUCCAAGACACCCUGGUCCCUGUUUAAAGACCGUGACUUGAGAUCCCAGCUCAGAAUAGUCAUGGCUGCCAGCAGUGCCAUGAUGCUCUGCGGCAAUGACUCCAUCUACUUCUAUGCUUCCUACAUCUUUCUGGAAGCAGGUAUACCUUCAGACAAAGUUCAGUAUGCAGCCAUUGGCACUGGAGCGUCUGAACUAACUGCAUCUAUACUUAGCAAUCUUCUGAUUGAACGCAUGGGCCGUAGGUACCUUCUUCUUGGAGGGUACAGUCUAAUGUCUUGCUGGUCUAUAGUUUUUACCGUCGCUCUGAUCCUCCAGAGUCGUGGGGUGGCGGGAAUGCCCUACUUAAGCAUGGUAUGUGUUUAUGCCUACAUCCUCAGCUUUGGCUUAGGGCCUGCAGGAGUGACGGGGAUCCUACCAGCUGAGAUAUUUGAUCAGGCGGCUCGACCGGCUGCUUACAUGAUUGCCGGCUCAUUAAUGUGGCUCAGCCUGUUCUUGGUAGGAAUGUUGUUUCCCUUCAUUGUCAACGGCCUGGGGAACUUCUGCUUCCUGCCUUUCUUGGUGGUGUGUUUGAUAUCCGCUGUGUUUUUGGGGUACAGCGUUCCAGAGACUAAAGGCAAGACACUGGCCGAGAUUACAUCUGAGUUUCAGAGAAAAAGGGAUACGAAGAAAAGUAAGCCAGGGAAGCAGGAGGAUGGGCCUGUGGAGAAUCACUACCAGCUUGGUGCAGCCUCCUCCUUCACCUCCUUAAAGCAAUAUCCGGGUCCGAACCCAAUGAACGAGGACAGAAAUUUGAUAAAUUCUAGCGAAAGAGUAAACGAAUCAGACCAUGCGUUUGGAGUCAUUGAAUGCACUUUAUGAGUUGGGCAGAUUGCCAUAUAACUUUAAUAAUGAUAAUAAUAAAUUAAAUGUAUUUAUGGUUAGGAGCUUAGUCCUGUUGCAAACUAACACAAUAUAACAAUAUAACUAAAAAGACAAACAUGCUGCAAAUGCAGAUACACACUGCAAAAAUUUAUGAAAUUGCAGAGAAAGAGUUUUUUUUUUUUGAAUGAAUCUCCUGGAAACAUUCCUGUUGAAAUCUGUGCUACUUGCAGCAUGCAGCGCUAAAUUCAAAUCUAGUGUGUCAUUAGUACAUAGGAAGGAAAUCCAAAGUACAGCAGACAAGAAACGGCCAAAUCAAUCAAUCAAGACAAUAAUAUACCUCAAACGCUGCCUGAUAUUCCAACAUCAUGCUCACUCAAACUCUGUGAAUGCCUUACAAUCAUAUGGACAGUCCUUUAAUUUGCAUGGAUUAUAGGAUACACAUGGUACUGUAUCAGAAUGUCACCUGUUUAUUUCUAUUUAAAUCUCUUGUUUUUUGAUGACGUUUAUCCAGUUCAGUGAUCCAUGUACCUUUUUUGCAUGUGGUGAUUCAAGCGGAAAUGGUAGCAUUACAAUCUGGCAUCUUAUACUUGGUUAAUUCCACAGGUUGCCAUGCCGAUAUUUAUGUAUUUAAACUAUAUUAGAUAGACUUUGUUACAUUUUAAAGCUGC